CUUAGCUGUCAGAAUGAGCAGCAAUAACAAAACCUGCACAUCAAGAUUGUUUACAAUCCACGUAUUGCAGUUCUUUUCCACUCCUGUCUAUUAUGUGCGGUUCGAGGGAAGUCCACCUACGCUCCCGCGCCUGUGCUGAUGGCUGCGCCCUCCCGUGCGCUCAUAGACGAGCCCAUAAUGCUGGAGGCGCGUCACCUGACCCCGCACUGCCCCGUCACGCUGCGUGCCCAAAUGCGCUGUGAGAAGGGUGACCUGUGGGAGGCGCUGGCACAUUACUACGCAGACAGCAGCGGUGUCUUGAACCUGUCACGGGACGAGGCCCAGGGAGGGUCAUACUCUGGCUGCGAGCCCAUGGGUCUGUUCUGGAGUCUGCUCCCUGCACCUGGGGAGAGAGAGGGGCUGAUACUGAAGAAGAAGAAUGUGGAGACUCCGUACACGGUGCAGGUGUCCCUGCUGAAUGGACACGUGUCAUCACAGGGCAUCAGGUCACAUGAUGAGGGGCAGGGAAAGGGGGAGGGGCUGGCUUCUGUGACUGUGGAACGCUGGUACAUGGCCCCUGGUGUGCGCAGAAUCGACAUUCGGGAAGAGGGGUUGGUGGGAACCAUGUUCUUACCACCAGGUCCAGGGCCGUUCCCGGCGGUUCUGGACCUCUUUGGAAUGGGCAACAGUCUGGAAGAGCAUCGUGCUGCCCUGCUGGCUUCCCGGGGCAUGGCCAGCUUAGCCCUGGCUUACUACAACCACAAAGACAUUCCUGGGCCACCCAAUGUGAUAAAUGUGGGGGACGACUACUUCCAGGCUGCUUUCCAGCUGCUGCAGAUUCACCCUCAGGUGUGUAGCAGCCGGGUGGCUGUGCUCAGGACUUCCUUUGGGGGCUACCUUACCCUACGCAUCGCUGCUCACCUGCCUGUCAAUCCACGGUGCAUAAUUGGAAUUAAUUUCUUAAUUGGGUGCAUGAACGAGACCAUUGAAGCUAAUGGGAAAGUGUUAAGAUUUGGACAGAGUGAGCUACACUUGCGCCAUGAUGAUCAAGGCUACGUGAACGCUAAAGAAGCUUCCCAUCCCAAAUCGCUUCUUCCCAACACUAAAGUAAAGGUGGAGAACUUCCGCUGCCCCCUGCUGCUGUUCACUUCCGAAGAUGACCAGUGCACCUCAGUUUUGGAGAAUGCAGCCGAGAUAAAGGAGAGACUGCAAGCUGCCAAUAAAUCGCACCUGCUCACCUGGGUGCCAUGCCCCGGCACAGGUCACCUGAUUGAGCCUCCAUACUCACCUCAUACCUCUGCCACACUCUUGACACUGGGGCCCAAGAAAUUAAUGGUUUCGUGGGGUGGACACCCUGCACCUCAUGCUGCGGCUCAGGAAGACGCCUGGAAGAAGAUUCUGGAAUUCCUGGAAUGCCAUCUCAGAGGGGGGGAUUAG